AUGAUACGGCUUACCGCCAGGGAGGCGUGGGCGGAGAGGGCGGUCGACGGCGGCGGCGGCGGCGGCGGCGGCUGCCGUGACGAAGGGUUGGCAAGCCUGCACGCCUUCAUGCUGCCGGCGGUGAUGGACGUCUGUCCGGAGCUAUUCUGCCCGGAGCAGAGGGGGAACAGCUGCGACGACAACCACUACGGCGACGCCGUCGACGGCACUGCGGUUGUCGAGGCCCCCAGCGGAAGUUUCGUGUCUGGGCAGGAGAUCACGCCGCACCCGCUGGACAAGGCCUUCGUGCGAAGGGCGACGGGGGCUGUGGUGGCGGCGCCGGGAGGUGCCGUGGACGUCCUCCGAGCACUGCUGGCGUGCCCGGUGCCCGCGCUGCUCUCCACGGCGGAGGAUGUGCUCAAGGGGGUGCUGCCCAAGGUUGCUGGGCCGGACUUCCCGAGGCGGUCUAGCGUGGCAUCCCUAUGCUGCAACGUGUGGAUGCGGCUGUACGACGCGCACCCCCACGGGCAGGCGAUGGAGACGUGGACCCUGAACGCCCUCCUGCAGACCGAUGCCGAGGCGCCCUUGCCCAGGGCCGUCACCUACGAGACAAUGUGCCGAGAGCCGGUGCUGGUGUUCCGGUGCAGAGGGGAGGCUGUACUUGCGAAAAACAGUCGCUGGGAGAUGGUGUGUGCCUCCGCCCGCCGCAGGAACGACAAGGCCGCUUCCGAAGCCGCGGCAGCGGCAGCGGCGGCGGCCACAGCUGCUGCUGCGGCGGCGGCUGCUAGCGCGGCCGCCGCCGGAGGCCCGCCCCCGCCCCCGCCGCCCCCGCCGCCGCCUGCCUGGGAGGACGUCGAGGAGGGCACCGCGACCGUUGACGGCCGCAUGAUGUCUCUCGUGCAGCAGGCAAUCGUGGCGCGGUGCCUGCUUGUAGUCGCGCUAGGCGGAGCAGGGGUGUCCGGCGGGGGGUCUGCGAAGGAAGAAAGGGAAGGAGGCGUUGUCGUUUUCGGCGACGGCAUCGCCACUCGGGCGCAGACCCUGCCGACGGAAGCUUUCAAGCUCCUUCUCGAUGGGGUCCCUGCUUCCCGUGGGACGACCCGGCACCUCGGGGACGUGAUGGGUCAGCAGUCUUGGGAGGCGAGGGCCUUCGGGGUGCAGGCGUCGGCCUUGCUGGCGGAACGGUUUCCGACCGAAGAGGCGUGUCUGCUGUGCAAGGGAGCCCUACACGUCUUGAGCAGCAUGUGCGACUCAGAGGCGCAGGCGCCACGAGGAACCCUGAACGCCCUCGCCGCGGGAUCAGCGGCAGCGGGGGGCGGCGGCGGCGGCGGGGGGGGGGGGGCAGGAAACGGCGGGGCCCCGUCCACCGCUCUGCUUGCGUGCGGAAUGCCUCCCAGCGGCCUCGUUAGGGAAACGUUUUCUUUCGCGGUGAACAUUUGUCAGGCGUUCCCUUCACUUAAGGGCGACACGGUCAGCCUUAUUGAGUCCAUCCUCAAGAAACAGGUGGGUAGGGACGGGCUGGGGAUGGGGGGCGUCGGCGAUGGUGUCACUACCGCCACGUGUGUAGGUACUGUCGGUGUGCGCGAGGGCUAA